ACCUCAGAAUCACUGUGACCAGAAGUGAGCAGGAGUCGACUGGAAUUUGACAUUUUAUACCGGAUUGCGAUUCAAUAGAAUCUUUCGGGGAUGAAUAAAGUAAUCUGUAUAAUUUUGCUCUUGACUGUGGGGCUCUACUUCUGCGAAGGAGUUGAUCCUUGCUGUUCACAACCUUGUGAAAAUAGGGGGUUAUGUAAUUCAAAAGGCUUUGACAACUAUGAGUGCGACUGCACAAGGACUGGAUAUUAUGGAAAGAACUGCACAACUCCUGAAUUCCUAACAUGGAUAAAAAUAUCAUUGAAACCAGCUCCGAACACUAUUCACUACAUCCUUACUCACUACAAAGGGUUGUGGAACGUCAUCAACAAGAUCACCUUUGUGAGAAACGCUAUAAUGAGCUAUGUCCUGACAUCCCGCUCACAUUUGGUGGACAGCCCACCGACUUACAAUGCUGAUUAUGGCUACAAGAGCUGGGAGGCCUACUCCAACCUGUCUUACUACACACGGACGCUCCCCCCAUUGCCAAAGGACUGCCCUACACCUAUGGGAACCGCAGGAAGAGCAGUACUCCCGGAUGUCAAGCUCGUGGUGGAGAAGGUUUUGUUGAGGAAGCGGUUCAUUCCGGAUCCUCAGGGUUCCAAUCUCAUGUUCGCCUUCUUCGCCCAGCACUUCACCCACCAGUUCUUCAAAUCAGACUUCAUGAAAGGACCAGCUUUCACCAAAGCCUUGGGCCAUGGCGUGGACUUAAACCAUGUUUACGGAGACACUCUGGAGAGACAGCACAAGCUGAGGCUGUUCAAGGAUGGCAAACUGAAGUAUCGGGUUUUGAACGGCGAGGUCUACCCCCCAUUGGUAAGGGAGGUUGGGGCCGAGAUGCACUACCCACCCCAAGUGCCCGAGGAGCACCGCUUCGCUGUGGGCCACGAGCAUUUUGGCUUGGUCCCCGGGCUCAUGAUGUAUGCCACCAUCUGGCUGCGCGAGCACAACCGUGUCUGUGACGUCCUGAGGCAGGAGCAUCCCGAAUGGGAUGACGAACGCAUAUUCCAGACCACACGCCUUAUCCUAAUUGGCGAGACCAUUAAGAUCGUGAUUGAGGACUAUGUCCAGCACCUGAGUGGCUACCACUUCCAGCUCAAGUUCGACCCGGAGCUCCUCUUCAACCAGCGUUUCCAGUACCAGAACCGUAUCGCGGCUGAGUUCAAUACCCUGUACCACUGGCACCCGCUGAUGCCUGAAACCUUCAGCAUUGAGGACCGUGCCUACACCUACCCCCAGUUUGUCUUCAACAACUCCCUGGUCACAGAGCACGGCAUCAACAACCUGGUGGAGUCCUUCACCAAGCAGAUCGCUGGAAGGGUGGCUGGUGGACGGAACCUGCCUCCUGCACUAGUGGGUGUGGCAGCUAAGGCCCUGGAGCACAGCAGAGACAUGCGUUACCAGUCCCUCAACGCCUACAGGAAACGCUUCAACAUGAGGGCCUACACCUCCUUUGAGGACCUCACAGGAGAGACAGAGCUGGCUGCGGAACUAGAGAGUCUAUAUGGGGAUGUAGAUGCUGUGGAGCUGUACCCAGGCCUUCUGGUGGAGCGCCCCAGACCUAACGCUGUUUUCGGGGAGACUAUGGUCGAGAUGGGUGCACCCUACUCCCUGAAAGGUCUUCUGGGAAACCCCAUUUGCUCGCCGGAAUACUGGAUGCCCAGCACGUUCGGCGGGAGUGUGGGCUUUGACAUCGUCAACACUGCUUCAUUGGAGAGGCUGGUGUGCAGCAAUGUCAAGGGUUCUUGUCCGAUGGUGUCCUUUCAAGUGCCUGAUUUUUUGAGAGCAUUUGAGUCGGCGUCAGUCAACACAAGUGAGGCACACCUGAGUGACAUGAACCCAGGUGUUCUGUUCAAAGAAAGGACUUCCGAGCUUUAAAUAACUUAAACACUAGGUUCUAUUCAAGUACACAAAUACACAGUUUCUCAGUGUUCUAAACAUGGUCUCGUUUUAGCUUAAUUUGCUUUAUUUAGUUAUUUAUUAUUGAUUAAUUUAUGUAUUUAAUAUUUAUUUUGUAUUGUUGAAUAUUGAGUUGUUAUUAAGUAAUUAUUAUGUUUUUUAAAUAUGGAUAUUACAAAUGUCUUACAUGAACAGAAGCAAGUUAUUUUACUCUGUAUACAAUGUGGAACCUGGAGUUGCAUUUACUUGAAGAAAAGAACUAUUACAAAUGCUUGUAUGUUGUUCAGCUACUGAAUGGAUACAGCUGGGCUGUAUUUGUCAAUACUUUUUUUGUUAUUUUAAAGACAAAGACUUUAUUAUUGUAAAUGGACGAAGUGAAUAAUGGAUGUAGAAAUAUACCGGGUUUUUUUUUUCAGAAAGUAUGAAGACACCGUAUUUUUCUCCAGCUCCAUCCCUCAGCUGUUUACCAAAGACAGUGGCGGGCUGUCUGUUUUUUUGUUGUUGUUGUUUCAAUUGCAGAUUGCCCCUUAAAUGUUACGAAAGUCAUGAUUUACAUUCCAACUAAAAUGGAUAGGCACUUGAGAAAACAUUAAAAGACAAUCGAUUUGUCAAGAUUAUAAUUUUAUUCGUCUGAUUCAAUUGCGUAUAUUCAUGUCACUAUGUCACCCCUGGACCACAUUUUGUUGUGUUACUGCCUGAAUAAAAAAAUUAUUAAAUUGA